UAAGUGAGUGAGGGACUAUAAUGCGCGCAAGCUCUACAUCUGUCUCAUUAAGUCAGUAGUAUAGCAUGGAUGAUAAAUUAGCCGUAGAUGAUUGGUCCUUGGGGACCACCAAACAGAUAGCACUUCUCAAUCUCAUCCCCAUUAGUAUUCGACUGAUCUCCACCCUUUUGUUCAUAUCAGUAAUCCUCCUAGUGCUAAAAAGGUGGUUCACAAAGUCGUCAAGACAGCUGCCAGGGCCAUGGAAGCUGCCGAUAAUCGGGAAUCUGCACCAGAUGGUCGGCCCGUCUCUCCCCCACCGCCGUCUGACGGAGCUGGCCAGGAGAUAUGGGCCUCUGAUGCAACUUGAGCUGGGCCAAGUCUCCUUCGUCGUGGUGUCCUCGCCGGAAUGGGCCAAAAAGUUCACGCAGGCCCACGACGCCAACUUCGCCAGCAGGCCGCAGUUACCUGCCCCCAGCAUCGUGAUGUACGGCGGCCGGGACAUUGCAUUCGCGCCUUACGGCGAGUACUGGAAGAAGAUGAGAAGGAUCUGCGCUACGCAGUUGCUGGGCCCGAAACGGGUCAAGUCUUUCCGGCCCAUUGGGGAAGACGAGAUCAGUAAGCUGGUCGGAUCUAUCAUCGCCGCCGACCACCAGGCUGGCAACGGCCGCCAAGCUGUGGAUGUGACUGAAAUGCUGAUUUCCCUGGGGAACUCCAUCACUGUACGUGCAGCCUGUGGGAGGAUUAGUGAUCAGAAAAAUGUGAAAGCUUUUUUGCCAUUAAUGGAACAGAUCAUCGAGAAACUGGGAGGGUUCAGCAUUGUGGAUGUGUUCCCUUCCAGCAAGCUGCUGCGUCUCAUCACAGGGUUCGACGCCAAACUGAAGGAGCUUCACGAAGCAGCCGAUGCCGUCAUGGAAGCUAUAAUCACCGACCACUUAGCCAAGAAAUCUUCAGCAGAACAUGGUGAUGAAGAUCUGGUUGAUGCUCUGUUGGAUCUCAGGGAGAACAACGACCUCGGAUUCACUUUCACCAACCUUGAGAUUAAAGCUGUCAUCCUGGACAUAUUCCUCACCGGAACCAACACAUGGACUGUAAUGGUAGAAUGGGCAAUGGCAGAACUCAUGAAGAAUCCAGAUAUCAUGGAAAAAGCACAAAAGGAGGUGAGACAAGUGUUUGACGGGAAAGAAAAAGUGGCGGAUGAAGCAUCCAUCGGCCAACUACACUAUCUACAACUAGUUAUAAAAGAGACUUUAAGAUUACACCCUCCUGGUCCUUUAGCGAUUCCAAGAGAAAGCCUCGAGACAAGGGUGAUUGAUGGAUAUGAAAUACCGGCUAAGACAAGGGUCCUCAUCAACGUAGGGGCCAUUUGCCAAGAUCCCACACACUGGAAAGAAUCUGAAACCUUUGACCCGGAAAGAUUCCUCGAUACGUCCAUUGAUUACAAGGGGUUGGAUUUUCAUUUUAUCCCAUUCGGAGCGGGCCGAAGAAUAUGUCCAGGUAUACACUACGGAAUUGCUAACAUCAAUCUCGCGCUGGCUAAUCUACUCUAUCAUUUUGACUGGAAGCUCCCCAGCGGAAUCACGCCCCAAUGCUUCGAUAUGUCUGAAAAGUUCGGCUUGGAAGUCAAAGGAAAAGACAAUCUACUCCUCAUUCCCAUUCCAUACUAUCCUAAGUAGCUAGAGUUCCAUUAGAAACCUCACGUGGGUUGUCAAGUGAGGCGUUUCUUAGAGUUUGUUGUUUUGAGUCUUUCGUAAGUUAGUUGAGUUUGUUUCGUUUAAAGGUUAAGAGGACGCAUGAGACAUCGGCUGUCUGAGUGCUAUAUGAUGGAGCAUAAUGUCUCGGACGAGGAGGCCACCACCUUUAUGUGAGGAGAGAUUUCGGACCGUCGUGUGCCAUUUUCAAUCAGUGGUCUAGUUUGAUUUGAACGGGCAACAGUUUGAAUAUUUGGUUCUGAUGUUUGUCUCCAGCUCCCCUACUAGUUGUUCUUCAUAAACUCAUUGCUAGUUUUUGUGUUUUUCGGAUACAGUUACAUUAUUCUAGUCUGAAACAUCAUUCAUCGGGUGGAUUUUCAGCUUUAGUAAUAAACAUAGUUUUCUUUC